UUUGGUGUGUGUGCCCCCCUCUCCCACAUUUUUUUUUUUUUUCUAUUUCUUAACCGAAGUUCAUGUUUCUCUGCCAGGCACUGAUCCUGAUAUUUGUGCCUGACGAAUCUCCCAGAGCAGAUGGUCCCUUCAGGGAAGCUCAGCAAAGUGCUGGGUGUCUGGUUAUGUCUGGCCCCUCCCUCCUUCCCUCUUGGGGCCUCAAAUGACAAGUUAUCGAACCAAUUUCCCUUCUCUUAGGGGGUCCUCCAUCCAGGAUCCAGUAGCAGCAGGUUUUGGUUCCAGGGACUGCAGACACCCUUUGCAGUUGGGUUUAGCAGCUACCUCAGUCCGCAGCCGGCGCUGCUCCUGGGGAUGAGAGUGACAGGCCCCCUGUCCAAUCAAAGCCGCAGGUUUCUCUGCAGUCCCCGCCCCGCUUCCCCCACUGCCCCAAUAGCCGCCCUUAAAGGCCCGGCUUCUGCUGUCAAGUAGCAAGGGUGGGCUCCGCCGAGGCGAGGAGGGGCGCCGGGUGGGGAGAUGCGCUCCCAGGUGUUUGCAGCGGAAGUGGGAAACCUGUAGGGUUUGGUCCAGCUGUGCCGAGCCGAGGUGAGCCGGAGCCGGGAACAGGUGUUUAAUAUUAUUCAACUGCCAUAUUAUUACUGAAAGCUUAAACCUAACUUCUACUGAACACAAGAUGAAAAUGUCGUGGCUGAUCAGUUAUCUUCUGGUACUGUCUUUUACAACCUGUCUAGCAGAGUUUACAUGGCACAGAAGAUACGGUCAUGGAGUUUCCGAGGAAGACAAAGGAUUUGGACCAAUUUUUGAAGAGCAGCCGAUCAAUACCAUUUAUCCAGAGGAAUCCCUGGAAGGAAAAGUUUCACUAAACUGUAGGGCACGAGCCAGCCCUUUUCCAGUUUACAAAUGGAGAAUGAAUAAUGGGGAUGUUGAUCUGACAAGUGAUCGCUACAGUAUGGUAGGAGGAAACCUUGUUAUCAACAACCCUGACAAACAGAAGGAUGCUGGAAUAUACUACUGUCUAGCAUCAAAUAACUAUGGGAUGGUCAGAAGCACCGAAGCCACCUUGAGCUUUGGAUAUCUUGAUCCUUUCCCACCUGAGGAACGUCCUGAAGUCAGAGUAAAAGAAGGGAAAGGAAUGGUGCUUCUCUGUGACCCUCCCUACCAUUUUCCAGAUGAUCUUAGCUACCGCUGGCUUCUAAAUGAAUUUCCUGUGUUUAUCACGAUGGAUAAACGAAGAUUUGUGUCUCAGACGAAUGGCAAUCUCUACAUUGCAAAUGUUGAGUCUUCUGACAAAGGCAAUUAUUCCUGCUUUGUUUCCAGCCCUUCUAUUACAAAGAGUGUGUUCAGCAAAUUUAUCCCACUGAUUCCAAUGCCUGAGCGAACGACAAAACCAUAUCCUGCUGAUAUCGUAGUUCAGUUCAAGGACAUAUAUGCAUUGAUGGGUCAAAAUGUGACUUUAGAGUGUUUUGCGCUUGGAAAUCCUGUUCCUGAUAUCCGAUGGCGGAAGGUUCUAGAACCAAUGCCAAGCACUGCUGAGAUUAGCACCUCUGGGGCCGUCCUCAAGAUCUUCAAUAUUCAGCUGGAAGAUGAAGGCUUAUACGAAUGUGAGGCUGAGAACAUUAGAGGAAAGGAUAGACAUCAGGCAAGAAUCUAUGUUCAAGCGUUUCCCGAGUGGGUGGAACACAUCAAUGACACAGAGGUGGACAUAGGCAGCGAUCUCUACUGGCCUUGUGUGGCCACAGGAAAGCCCAUCCCUACAAUCCGAUGGCUGAAAAAUGGAUAUUCAUAUCAUAAAGGGGAGUUGAGACUGUAUGAUGUGACUUUUGACAACGCUGGGAUGUAUCAGUGCAUAGCAGAAAACACACAUGGAGCCAUUUAUGCAAAUGCUGAGCUGAAGAUCUUGGCUUUGGCUCCAACUUUUGAAAUGAAUCCUAUGAAGAAAAAGAUCCUGGCUGCCAAAGGAGGACGGGUGAUUAUUGAGUGCAAACCUAAGGCAGCCCCGAAACCUAAAUUCUCCUGGAGUAAAGGGACGGAAUGGCUGGUCAACAGCAGUAGGAUACUCAUUUGGGAAGAUGGUAGCUUGGAGAUCAAUAACAUUACAAGGAACGAUGGAGGUAUCUAUACGUGCUUCGCAGAGAACAAUAGAGGGAAGGCUAAUAACACCGGAACUCUUGUUAUCACAGAUCCCACGCGCAUUAUCCUGGCCCCCAUUAAUGCUGACAUCACUGUGGGAGAAAAUGCCACCCUGCAGUGCGCGGCCUCCUUUGACCCGGCCUUGGACCUCACCUUCGUCUGGUCCUUCAACGGCUAUGUGAUCGAUUUUACCAGAGAGAACAUUCACUACCAGAGGAAUUUCAUGCUGGAUUCCAAUGGGGAGCUACUUAUCCGAAAUGCCCAGCUGAAGCAUGCUGGGAGGUACACGUGCACGGCUCAGACAAUUGUGGACAAUUCUUCAGCUUCGGCCGACCUUGUUGUGAGAGGCCCUCCAGGUCCUCCCGGUGGUCUGAGAAUAGAUGACAUCAGAGCCACUUCUGUGGGACUCACCUGGAGCCGUGGCUCAGACAAUCAUAGUCCUAUCUCUAAGUACACCAUCCAGGCCAAGACUAUUCUUUCAGAUGACUGGAAAGAUGUGAAGACAGAUCCCCCCAUUAUUGAAGGAAAUAUGGAGGCUGCAAGAGCAGUGGAUUUAAUCCCAUGGAUGGAAUAUGAAUUUCGUGUGGUAGCAACCAAUACAUUGGGUAUAGGAGAGCCCAGUGUACCGUCAAACAAGAUUAGAACAGAUGGUGCUGCACCGAAUGUGGCUCCUUCAGAUGUAGGAGGUGGGGGUGGAAGCAACAGAGAGCUGACCAUAACAUGGGCACCUUUGUCAAGAGAAUACCACUACGGCAACAAUUUUGGUUACAUCGUGGCAUUUAAGCCAUUUGAUGGAGAAGAAUGGAAAAAAGUUACUGUUACUAAUCCAGACACUGGCAGAUAUGUCCAUAAAGAUGAAACCAUGAGCCCUUCAACCGCUUUUCAAGUCAAAGUUAAGGCCUUCAACAACAAAGGGGAUGGACCGUACAGCCUUACAGCUGUCAUUAAUUCAGCCCAAGACGCUCCUAGUGAAGCCCCAACAGAAGUAGGUCUAAAAGUCUUAUCAUCUUCUGAGAUAUCUGUUUAUUGGAAACAUGUUUUAGAAAAAGUAGUGGAAACCUAUCAGAUCCGGUACUGGGCUGGCCAUGACAGAGAAGAAGCUGCACACAGAAUUCAAGUUAGCAGCCAAGAGUACUCUGCCAGGCUGGAGAAUCUUCUGCCCGAUACUCAGUACUUUGUGGAAGUCGGGGCCUGCAAUAGUGCAGGGUGUGGACCUCCAAGUGACGUGAUUGAGACCUUCACCAAGAAAGCACCUCCUAGCAAACCUCCGAGAAUCAUCAGUUCAAUAAGGUCUGGUUCACGCUACAUAAUCACCUGGGAUCAUGUCGUGGCCCUAUCAAAUGAAUCUACAGUGACAGGAUAUAAGGUACUCUACAGACCCGACGGCCAGCAUAAUGGUAAGCUGUUUUCAACUCAUAAACACUCCAUAGAAGUCCCGAUCCCCAGGGAUGGAGAGUAUGUUGUAGAGGUUCGUGCCCACAGCGAUGGAGGAGACGGAGUGGUGUCUCAAGUCAAAAUUUCAGGUGCAUCCACCCUGUCUCCAAGUCUUACUGGCUUCCUUCUGUCUGCCCUUGGCAUCCUCAUCUAUUUGGAAUUCUGAAUGUAGUGUGACAGCUGCUAUUCCCAUCCCAGCUCAAAGGACAUGCUUCUUCCCUGGGAUGACUACAAUUCCUUCUGAUUUCUGUGGCUCCACCCUAAGCCAAAUAAAUUAUACUUUAACAAACUAUCCAACUGAUUUACAACACACAUUAUGUUAAGGCAUUCGGGAACCCCUUCAUCCAAAAGAAUAAACUUUUAAAUGGAUAUAAAUGAUUUUUAACUCGUUCCAAUAUGCCUUAUAAACCAGUUAACCUGAUUCUGUGACAGUUGCAUGAUUUAAUUCAAUGGGACAAGUUACAGUGUUCAAUUCAAUACUAUAGACUGUAGAGUGAAAGUAAAAUCACCAUACACAGGUGCUUUAAAUUAAUAACAAGUUGUGAAAUAUAAUAGAGGUUGAAAUGUCGGUCGUAUGUGGUAAAUGUAAGAGUAAUACAGUCUCUUGUACUAUCCUCACAGUUUUGGGUCCUGCAUAUUUUUGAAUGGCCUCUAUCAUUCAUGACAUUGAGUUUUCUUGGGAAAAAAUGUAGAGUGUAACUGAAACAUUUUGACAUAAAUUUCAUUUCCAAAUUGUUUUCCUGAAUGAGUUUAAAUAUUUUGAAUAUUGAAAACAAAAUUCUAGAACUUAUUAUCAGUAUUCUUAUUUUCAAAGUAAGUAAUUUUCUAAAUAUUUGAUUUGCAGAAUCAGUAACUUUUUUUAAUUUCUUAAUAAAGUUAACAUACCAUAUGAAGUUCUUUUUUUUUUUUUUAGUUUUAUAUUCUACUCUGGAGUCAUUUUAUGUUUUUCUUAUCAAUUUCAAACCUCAAAAAUCACAGCUUUUAUCUAGAUUUUCAUGGGUAUUACUGUAUUUGUUCAUAUGUGGAAUGAUGAAUUUUGAAAAGUAGAGUGCUUCCUUUUUUAUAAGAUGUGACAGUCUUUACAUGGCUAUGAAUAAAUGACAGCUAAGUAAAUAUUAGAAUUAACUAAUAAUAUUUUAGUAUCUUUGUUUUGUGCUUCAUUUCUAAGUAUAAUCUUUCUUUUUUGGAGAUGUGGGAUCAAGAAAUCACCUGUAGAUCAAAAAAGCUACAGAAUUUCCAUUUUUUUUUUUUUGUUUUUUUAAAUUUUGUUUUAAGUUCAUUUCCCACUUUAAUGCAAUACUGAAAACCGGCUAAAAAUACCAAAUUGAUAUAUUGCUAAUGGGACUUUGAAGAGUAUGCAAAAGUGGAAGGCUAGGAGGAGACAGGUAAUGUGUCUUCCCAGGGGUGUCUCCUAAGGGUUGGUGCUUUGGGUUUUACAGAUUGUGAACAGGAAGAUGCACAGUUCUUUUCUCCACGGUGUGCACGGAAAUGUGUUUGAGUGUGGAUGUAAAAGAAAUCAAGUAAUAAAGAAUUAGCUGGCUCAUGGAUAGUGCAAUGUCAGAUGAUUCAAGAGGUAUAAUCCUAUUUUAUUAGCACAAACUGCUAGCUAAUUAGAGAUAGAGUUUAUCUUUUUAGAAAGGAUACCUUAUAGGUUCAUAAAAAAAUAUUUACAGGAAGCAAAAUAGAUCUAUUACUACUUCACCCCCCUUUCUUUAAUUUGUAUAAUUUUUGUACUAUAUAUCUAUGUGUAAAUGUCUAGAGCCUUCACUAUGAAAAUAUCAAUAAAUACUUCAUUAGUUUACAUUUAACUCUUUGUUAUAAAAAGAAACUUUUUAAAAUACGUGAAAUGGAUGAUUUCCCAGUGGAAGUAUGUCAACAGUCUUCAGGUCGUUGCCAGAUUUCAUAAAAUAUUUAAUUAUUUGAAAAGGAAACAAAAUGUCUUCAUACUUUAGAGAAAGGAAUACUCUGUAAGCCUUCUGUACAAAUGUUUGUGUUUUCAUUGUUAACCUUUGGAGUUUUCCUUUUGCAAUGUCACCCAUGUUGGGCAUUUUUAUAUAAUCAACUAAAUCUUUUGCCAAAUGCAUGCUUGCCUUUUAUUUUCUAAUAUAUGGUAAUAACAAAGAAUAUUGGUUAGAUUUUGCAUGAAAAUGGUUCUGAAAGGUAAGAAGGAAAACAGACUUUGGAGGUUGUUUAGUUUUAAAUUUCUGACAGAUAAAGUAGAUUAAGAUCUCUCCUACAUACACUGAUAACUGAAGCUCUUCAUUUUCUCAUACAGUUGUACAAAUUUAACUGGGACCAUCAGUUUUAAACUGUUGUCAAGCUAACUAAUGUAUCAUCUGCUUUAAGGCACAAGAUUCUUAAUUAAACUUUAUAUAGCUAUAGAUACAUCUGUUGUUUCUUUGUAUUUCAGGAAAGGUGAUAGUAGCUUUAUUUGAUACUGAUUAAUAUUGAAUUGAUUUUUUUAGUUUUUUUAUCAUUUUUUCAAUGGAGUAGUAUAGGACUGUACUUUUUCCUUUUUAUGAAUGAAAACAAAUUAUAAAAGAAAUAAAUGUCUUACUGUUGCCCAAGAA